CAGUCUCAAUUUUAACGUGAGAGAAACAACAUGUACGGAAAGCUGUUCGCCAUCCUCACUCUGGCCGCGGUAGCUCUGGCCCGCGAGUACCCAGCCGGACUCCACCCAGCCAUUUGCCCAAACUACCCGUUCUGCGAUGCUGACGCCCUGGCCAAGUACACCCCACAGGGAAUGCCGAUACCAGAAUGGGUGCGCAACCCAGCCAUCCUGCCGAUCGCUCGAGCUGCGUCGAAUUCUGUGCCCAAAUAUCCGGCUGAUUUCCCGGCUGCCCUAUGCCCUAACUACCCAUACUGCUGGUGAAUACACAAGCUACCUACGCUAAUCAACAACAAGUCAACGGUUUUUGCGGAUGUACACUUUUUAUAUAUAUAAUUUAGAAGAUUGAACACAUCGAUCAGCCAUGUUACUGUGGAAUUAUCAUCUUAUCAGCAAUAAAACACUGACCGCCCAACACGGGUUGGGCAUCACUAUGCAUGUCCAAGUUGCCUCCUUUAUAAGUCCAUCAAUCUGUGGGCACUCUGCUUAAAUGCGUGACCUCCAUUCAUUAUGAUAGUCCUGAUAUGUAUUCCGCGUAUAAUGACCUCCCAAAUAACAGAUUUUCUCCUAGUCUUUGUCAAUGAAAUAUUGCGGUAAACCACAAUCAGCUUCCCGCUUAUAGG